AUGGUUCGAGACUGGCCGCGGGACCCGUUUCCACGGCAGCAGUCUUUCCAGCAGCAAUGCUACCCACCCGCUACCCGUCACCCGUCGUUCCAGCAUGAACGAUUUGGGUCAGACAGCGCUCCGCGUGGAGAUGCCUUCUCGCAGGAGCGCUAUCCGGUCGAGGGGGGUGACGGCACCCGCUUCCAAGACCCGUACGACGUGCAUCGUCGACAGCCGCCGAUGCAAAUUGAUGAGGCGUUGCGCUCACACUGUGGCAUCGCGGCGAAGCAGUACUUUGUUGCCGCCAUCACGGAGGAGGGCAUUCCGAUGACCUUCUUUAGCCCCGGCCAGAAGCUACACGACAACACCAUUCGUCAAUUCUUCGACGCCCACAAGUUUCAGCAGGUCAUGCGCAGAAUCGACUCCGGCGCCGAUCCCAUGCUCGACGAGGGGUUUGGAUUUGAAGACGGCGCAUACGGCCGCCCGGGGACGUUUACCAGGGUCCGAGCCGUCGAGCGGCGCCGAAGUUCUGUGUUUGACGACUGGGGAAGCCCGGCGCGGCAGGGUCGCAAGAGGCCAAGGGCCCGCCAUCCCAUCAACGAAGAUGACGACAUGCCGAUGACUGUGUCUUCCCGCAAAGGAAUCAAGGUUGGCGACUCGGAGGCCGUGUGGAGCUUUUACGAACAACGGUUCAAGAACUGUCAGCAGACGGCUUGCAAGCUGAUAGCCAAGGCGUGGGUCAAGGCGGUUGAGCCUAAGAAGCAGUCGACCCAUCCGUACACGGGCAGCGACGAAAAGGCACCAGACUGGUGGCCGAAGCCGUGGGGUCCGACCAAGGACGACAAGGUCCGGCAUAAGGAGCCCGAUCAUUUGUACAAGCGAGAGCGCGUCCAUCUACUCGCCCACAUUUUGCGACUUGUCGUCGAGCCAAAUGCGAAGCAACACCCGGACAUACAGAAGCUCGCUUUAAACGUCAACAAACUCGAGGAAACAACCAACGAGGCACUGUCGGCCUUCUUCAUGGACAACGAGACCAACGCGAAGAAGAGACCGUACCUGAAUGAGAUUUUCAAGAUGGCGCGGCAAGAGGAACGUUUCAAGAAUGGGGAGAUUGAUGAUACAACCGAAGUCUACGUCAUGGCUGAGGACAAGCUACCCGAGAACUACGCCUCGGACAACGACGACGGCUCUUUCAUCAAGGACGAGGAGCAGCAGCACGAUUUGCAACGGUCCAAGCCCGCUACGACGCACUGUCUGGUACACACACCGACGACGGCCCCAGCGAAUGGGCACAGUCUUCACGGAGGACCGGCCCCCUACAUGGGUGACCUGCCGGUCCGAGGGACGCCAUUCCAUCCGCCCAUGAUACAGACGGAGAUGGCGCCGCAGCAACACCCUUUCGUCGAGAACAGCGGCAUACCCGUCAACGAGCAGUCGGCAGUCAGUGCUGGAGCCGGUCCGCUAGGCUUGGACCUUGUUACCAGCCCCCACGACACGAGCCGGCGGCCUUCGGUGUUCAGUGAAUAUACCAGUCCCGGCGGUGGUAGCAUGUACUCGCAACAGUGGCAGCAGAGCUCGGCUGGAUCCAACGCACCGUCCAUGUACGCCUACACGGCACAGCAAGCCCCUACCCAGCAACCGGCGUUCGUCAACCAAACUGUCCAGAUCAGCCCGGGACAGCCGUUCAUGGCUAGUUCUUUCGAAGGCUCGCCGCGACCCGAGUACGACACGAAUGGCAACGCCAUGUUUCGGGCGGCAGACCUGCCACAGGCCUCUGUCAGCCAGCCGCAAGGUUACUAUGUGCCGAGCGAUGGGCGCGGUAACCUCCGCGUCAUGACGCAGGUUGUCGACGGUGUGUCCCGGAAUUCGGUCCAGCAACAGUAG